AUGGCGACCGAAAACACCAACAGAGUGCCUAAGAGGGUCAUCACCGGCCACAAUGCACAAGGAAAAGGAAUAAUUCACCAUGUGGAUGAGGGUACAUGGGCCAAGAUUGACAACGACAUAGUACGAUACAACGCUAUGUGGACCACUAGUACAUUUCCCAUUGACAUUAAGAACGACGAUGCUCUCGUUAAAGAGAAAACUGUACUAUCGCUAUCACUACCGAAUGGGACAGUCCUCAGGAUGGUAGAUCGCUCACCCGGUUCUCAUUCAGCAAUGCACCGCACGCAGAGUCUUGACUACGGUGUCGUCAUUGAAGGCGAGAUGGAAAUGCUUAUGGAUUCAGGGGAAAGAAUUACAUUACAACGGGGUGACGUGGUCAUUCAACGCGGUACUAUGCACCAGUGGAGGAACAACACCAAGACUUGGAACAGAAUGCUCUUUAUACUGAUUGAUGCACUGCCCUUGGAGGUUGCUGGGAAUGUAUUCAGAGGAGAGACUGGUUAUGAACACGUCAAGGAGAUCGGAAGUCGUCUUUAG